GAGAGAUUUUUUUUUUUUUUUUUUAAAAGAACAUAAAUCAUUUUUACAAGUAGACAGGACUGUAUCAAAAGAAGUUUCGUGGAUUCAAAGGACUAUUUUGGUUUUAAGGAAUUACAAGCGCUGUUGGAUUUGUGAAGCUUUUUUUAAAGUUUUUUUUUUAAGGGGUUGAAAAAAUAAACAUAAACGUCGCAUUUUUUUUGUUUUAAAGAGGAAAACAAAAUGGCUGAUGACAGCAAGCGAUAACAAGGACGAACGGAGCAUUCCCCUUUAAGAGAAAAAGGGUUAUCACAAUAUGUUUGUGUUUUAUAUAGCUUACAACAAUACAAUGCAAGAGAAAUAUUGAAUUAUUGCUGGGGGAUUCGAUUGGGUUUAAAAAAAAAAGCAAAAAAACAAUCGAGGUUUGUGAGGUGAACAUAGCUUUCCUCCCACCGUUAAUAAAACACGUUUGAUAGCGUUUUAAUCUGUAAACAAUGUAUAUGUUUUUAAAUGUUUUAGAUCUAUAUGUGUGCAUGUAUAUUUUGGGCAGAUAUUUGAAAGAAGCGUGUUUUGUUUUGUUUUUUGGACUGCGCGAUUGACAUUCCUUUGUAGCGCUGAGGGGGUGGAGAGAACAAAAAAUUUAAAUUAAAUAUUAAAUAUCAUAAAUGAUCUUCUACUUCCGAAAACUAUAUUGUGUAUAUAUAUAUAUAUUUAACGAAAUGUUUUAUAAUUGCAUAUAUCUAUAUAUUCAAACAUGUUGAAAAUAAUGCAAAAUGGCAGAGGCCUUGUGUCUAGUUUGAGUUUUUAAUUGAUCUGAUCAUUACCAAAAAAAAAAAAAACCCUGUACUGUCGUUGCUGCUGGCAACCGAGCCUGUAAUUGUAGUUUGUCCUGCAAAGUAAAAUUUAAAAUACAAUACAACAAUAUUACUGCUAAGCGAAUAUUGAUAUGUUUAGUGGACAAACGUAACAUAAGAAAAUUGCUUAUUUCUGAAUAAAAAAGAGUUAAGUGUAACAUACGAUUGGUGUAUAAACAGAGGUGUAUUUUUAAUACUGGUGUAAUAUAUAAUCACGCUGAUAAUACUGGGAAUUGCCAGGCUAAUGCAACUAUGGGUCAUUCCCAGUCCAAUACGAAUAAUCAAUUAUAAUAGAAAUACAUAGUUGUGUGAUGCCAGGCAAUACAUACGUUAAGAAACAUACAGUUAAGAGCUCCCUAUUCGUUUGUGUCGAAUAGAAACAUACAACUGUAUUUGCAUUACUGUUUGAAAGGGGUUUGAGUUUGUUUUUCCAAAUAAGAAAUUCCACUUUUUACAGAUCGCAUUUCAGUUUUAUCUACACGACUUGUUCAGUUGAAAAGAAAAAGUUGUUAUUAUUAUUAUUAUUAUUAUUAUUUAGGGUUUGGAUUUUAUCUUGAAAACUGGUCAGUCUUCUCUUUCUGUAAAGGAACAAAAAGAAACGAAUGGCCGUCGUUUCAUAUUCGUCUAUUUGUCUGUACACAAGCCGGCGGUAUACCAAUGUGCAAUCAUAGCUUUCAGGAUUUCAGUCCAGAAUCUUCCAGGUUAGCUAUUACAACACAGAAAGCCUUUUGGAUUUUGGGAACCCAUAAUUCCUCCUUCUACACUGAACCCUAAAUGUAUCGGGAAAGGACAUUAAAAAGCAGGACCACUGUUGUUGCAAAAGAAAGGCUUUAUGGUUGUUAGUUUAACACCAUCUCUGUUUUAUCCAUAAUUUGGAUAUGUAUAUAUAUAUAUAUAUCACAUAUAGACAUAUGUAAGCGGCCUUCACAUGGUUUUAAUGGAAUUUUAUUUUGUUUCUUUUUUUUUGGGAGUUUUUAGUAGUCAUACCGACCAUGUUUAAGCCUAACCCUUCUGUGUGAGGGUUUGUUUUUAAUACAUAUAUUUAUUUUUUCACUCAUGUCUGUGGAGUGAACGCAGCUACACCUGGACAGCGAAUUUGUUGUCACUCUGUCGGUUUGGUUAUUCCACUCGAGUAAAGUACAUUAUUAAUGCAAAAGACAACCAAAAAACCUUAAUAAACAAUUGAAAUGGCUGAAAACUGGAAAAACUGCUUCGAAGAAGAGCUGAUUUGCCCGAUUUGCCUGCACGUGUUUGUGGAACCGAUUCAGUUGCCUUGCAAACACAAUUUCUGCCGGGGCUGCAUCAGCGAGGCUUGGUCUAAAGACACGGGUAUGGUCCGCUGCCCCGAAUGCAACCACACCUACAACCAGAAACCCACUUUGGAGAAAAACCUAAAACUGACAAACAUUGUGGAAAAAUUCAACGCCUUGAACAUAGAGAAAAGCCCAAUGGUUUUACAUUGUAUCUUCUGUAGGCGAGGACCACCUCUGCCAGCCCAGAAAGUUUGCCUCCGCUGUAACGCUCCGUGUUGCCAGUCUCACGUUCAGACGCACCUACAGCAGCCUUCUUCCAACCCAGGGCACUUGUUAGUGGAGGCCGAGGAUGUGCGGGCCUGGAGCUGCCUGCAACACGACGCCUACAGACUAUACCAUUGCGAAGCCGAGCAAGUGGCUGUUUGCCAGUACUGCUGCUUCUCUCGCUGUGGGGCGAACCACAGCCACUCCGUUUGCGAUGUGGAGGUUCGCCAGAAUGAUAUUCGGCAAAUGUUAAUGAAACAGCAGGACCGCAUAGAGGAGAGAGAGCAGGACAUCGAAGACCAGAUCUACAAGCUGGAGUCUGAUAAGAGGCUUGUGGAGGACAAGGUGCAGCAGCUGAAGGAGGAGGUGAGGCUGCAAUACCAGAAGAUGCAGCAGCUCCUGGAGGAGGACCUGGGGAAGACCCUGGAGAUCCUGGACAAGGCGCGCUCUAAAUUCUGCGAGGAGAACUCCUCUCAGGCCCUGCAGCUGAACGAGCUGCGCCAGGAGGCCAAGAAACUGCUGAGCUCUGUGCAGGUGGUGUUGGACAAGACUGAGGACAUCAACUUCAUGAAGAACACAAAGUCUGUGAAAAUCUUAAUGGAUAGAACCCAAACCUGCACAGGCAGUGGACUGCCUCCUCACAAAGUGGGUCAUCUUAACUCCAAACUCUUCCUCUCUGAGAUCUCUAAAAAAGAGAAGAAUCUGCGCAAGAUGCUGGAAGCCCCCUUUAGUGCUCCAGCUCACUUCCUUCAGAGCAUUCCGACCUACCCUUGCAGCCUGAGCAGCUCUGGAGCGGAGAAGCGCAAGCACUCCACAGCCUUCCCGGAAAACAGCAACUUCCUGGAGCCUCCGUCAGGGGCGGUGGGCAAGCAGUACCUGGGCCAGGGCUCCCCGUCGGGGGAGGGCCAGUCCACACAAGCCAGGGUGCCUUGCAGCUCCACGCAACACAUGGUGGGACUCAGCAGCAGCAGUGCCCAGACGGUGCAUUCUAGCUCCGUGUUCCCCCCGCACUACCCCAGUGGAGGCUCCUCCCAGCAGCCAGUGCUCUCACAGUACGGGGCGGGCCGCAAGAUACUGAUGUGCACGGUGGACAACUGCUACUGCUCCGGAGUGCCCUCCGUGUCAAACCCCAGCGGCCACCCCCCCUACCCGAGAUCCAGCUCCUUCCCCUGGACUGUGAGCUCCCAGGAGUACUCGCACCCCCUCCCGCCCGCCCCCGGGCUGUCCGUGCGCGACUGGAUCGACGCCUCGCAGACGCACAGGCACCCCGACUUCUACGGGCUCUACGGCCAGUCUUCCACUAAACACUACGUCACCAGCUAACCUUUCCUGACGUUUAAAUAAGUAAUAGAUUUCAAAAAUAAAGAAACAAGGUGACGUCAGCAUAGUGUGCAUCUACAAGACUUACACGUGCCUCCUUUUCUAUAUCAAAUCAAAUCAAAUCAGAUCCCACUUCAGCAUAGUGUGCAUCCAUGAGACUUACACGUGCCUCCUUUUCCCAAUCAGUUCAGAGCCCGCUCGUUUCCAUUGCUCUCAGUAGGGAUUUUCUUUGUAUGUUUUGAGCUACAGGAAAGGGGAAGGUUUUGUCAUCAUUUUAAUGGUGGGUGUUUUGCACAGCUUUUAGUAUCAGCUGCCAGCAUUCCUGUUUACAUGUGUUUGCAGUUAUUUAUGGUCUGAUGGGUCCUAUUAGCAAGUUAUUCAUGGUGUCGCACGGUUGGUUCUGCAUUCCAGUUGAGCCCUAACUAGUGCUGCCCCCCGCCACGCACACGCACGCACGCACACACACACGCACACGCACGCACGCACACACACACACACACACGCACACGCGCACACGCACACACACGCACACACACACACACACACACUCUUGCAGACCACAUGGCCAGGAAGAUUGGUUCAGGGUCUCUGCUUUGAUGCUUUUUUUAGUACUUGCUCUCCGCUGCUGUGACUGCAUGUUUGCAGGUGGAAGCGCUCUGAGUCUGAAUGGGUUCAGAACGAGUAUGUGUGUUGGGAUGGGUGGCUUAAAAAGGUAAAGACAUUUUCAUACAUUUUUUAUUAAAAAAGAAAAUCAAAAGGCUUUUGAUCUGCUUGACUGAUAUAAAACAAAAUAAUCAAUGAACAUGUAUUUAAAGAAGAAAAAUGGUUGAGGGAGAAAAUGUGGCUUGUAUACAAUUUUUUUUGUAAAUAUUUGUGAAAAGAUGGGAUGUGAUUUGAAAAAAAAAAAACUAUUAAAAAUAAACGAUGUGGUUUUAAAAAGCAGUGCAAAGUGAUUUGGUAGCCAUUGUCCAUUUAAAACAGCCAGAGGCAUGUUUGCUGGUUGAGAGGAUUGUGCCUGCCUAACUUUUACAUCAUGAGCCCUUGGGAAUGAAAGAUGUUCCAUGUUCCUGACAGCCCUCCCAG